AUGUCGGAUGAACAUCAUAAUAAAAUGGGUCCUGUUAUGGACGCCACACCGGAAAUUCAAAAAAUAAGUGAACGUCCCGAAGUUAUAUAUUCAGCAAUUGAUGCUCUCUAUAGAAAACAUAAUGAACAUAGAAUACAUCGUUUUACUGAAGAACAUCGACAAAAACAUAUCGCAAGUUGGAAAGUAACAAAAUAUGGUGAAGAAGAAGUUGCUUAUGGUACAAAUUAUUUUUUAAAAGUAUCGAUUGGUGAAGGUUUAUUUAUUCAUAUACGUAUUCAUCGUCAUAAAAAUCAAGAUAAAUAUGAUUUUUAUGCAUUACAUGAAGUAAUUAGACAUAAUAUUGCGACUAGCGUUUUUACAGAAGAUGAUCCAUUAACUUAUUUCAAUUAUUAA